UCGGUUUCGUCGGCUUUUGUCGUAAAAAAACACUCCAAGCCUGCUAAAGACCGAGAGGAAGAGGCGAUCGAUUCGACCCGGCCUCCCAUGGCGUCGCAGGGAGAUCGCGAGAGCUUUGUCUUCAUCGCCAGGCUCGCUGAGCAGGCCGAGCGCUACGAUGAUAUGGUGGACGCUAUGAAGAAGGUGGCGAAGCUCGAUGUCGAGCUGACCGUGGAGGAGCGAAACCUGCUGUCGGUGGGGUACAAGAACGUGAUCGCGGCGCGGCGGGCCUCGUGGAGGAUCCUCUCCUCGAUAGAGCAGAAGGAGGAGACCAGGGGGAAUGAGCAGCAUGUCAAAAAUAUCAAAGAGUACAGACAUAAGGUGGAGGUAGAGCUCUCCGGCGUCUGUAGCGACAUUAUGACUCUGAUCGACGAGCAUCUCAUCCCAUCUUCGUCCGCUGGGGAGUCGUCGGUCUUCUACUAUAAGAUGAAGGGAGAUUAUUAUCGCUACUUGGCAGAAUUUAUGACCGGAAAUGAGAGGAAGGAGGCUGCAGAUAACUCCCUGAAAGCAUAUCAGGCAGCUACCAGUACAGCUGAGGCAGAUUUGUCUCCUACACACCCAAUUCGACUGGGUUUGGCAUUGAAUUUUUCCGUCUUCUAUUAUGAGAUCAUGAACUCACCUGAAAGGGCAUGUCACCUUGCCAAACAAGCUUUUGAUGAAGCAAUUUCUGAGCUUGAUACAUUGAGUGAGGAAUCAUACAAAGACAGCACAUUGAUUAUGCAACUUCUGAGAGAUAAUCUCACGUUGUGGACCGCUGACAUCCCCGAGGAUGGAGAGGAAUAUGCAAAGAGUGGCGCAGGUGAAGAUGCACAGAGAGUCUGAGCCAUGGCAGGGCUAAGAGAGCAGGGAUCAGUCGUCACCGUGGACUUAUUGUGGCAUAUCCUCGUUGCAGAUAAUUUUCAAUCGCUAGCUUUCUUUGGUGUGCCUGUCUGUGUCAUAGUUUGAAGUUGAUCCCAAUGGAAUGGCUUGAAAAUGACUCUUUUAUCUGCAGCUGAUUCCAUCUUUGUCAUCAAUGCGGCUGUGUUUUAAUUGUUGCCUUGCAGCGUCGCAUACUUUGUUUGUGGUCAAUAGCUUUCAUUUUCAGCCAUAUGAAAUGAACGGAUCUGAUCUAAAGCAAAUGUAUUCCGCUAA